AUGGCGAAAUCGAAUAUGCCGAUGAUAAGCCAACUUGUGAAGAUUAGGUUGGUCGGAAAGAACUACGGUUCUUUUGCGGUAGGCGCAACUAUUUUCAAGAUAGAAGACUACAAGCAGACAGAACACGGUUCGGCUUUCUCCAUCUGGAAGCAUCUGAUAGGAUCCAACGACUGGGAAGAUUUCAAAAAUGGAAAAGAAGGUGUAAGUAGAUACAGAAACCAAAACUUACCCACUGAAUCUUGUCAGGGCCUGUAUGAGCUCGGUGUGUCAGUCAUAAGUCAAGACCAAGGUCGAAAGAUUGAUCCACAGAAUGUCCUUACUGCGUAUCUAGGACAAUCUGAACGCGUUAGGUCAAGACUCCAGGAAUAUGGAAGAUCCGGUGCUCAUCUUCCCACGAGGUUUUUUGAGGACAUAUUCUCGAAAGGAGGCUCGAUUUUGUAUAGAUGGGCUCAGAUGAGGAAUAAGAGGGAAACUCAGGCAACAGAGGCGAAGAUUUUGUGGAUAUACGACUAUGCUUGGAACACAUUCUGUAAUGGGGAGAGGCGCCAUCUUGAGUUAGUCAAGAAGCUCGGUGAUGGCGAGUUUAUUUGCCAUAGAAAGCUGAGCUGUGAGGUUGAUACUCAACAGUUCUUCCGGUCUAGACCUCAACCGUACCGGUUUUAGACAGGGAUGACGAGAUCAACGGUUCUUGUUCUGCAUCCGUUUGUGGAGUCGAACUUCAAAACUUUGGUUGUUGCGAGAGAAAUCCAGUCAUUGGAAGAAAGAGAUGCGCAGAGGACAAAAAGGCAGAGAUUUGAUUAGCCGUUUUUGCUUCACUCUUGUACCAGAUCGUAUCUUAGCUUUAGUUAACGUUUGUAUAUCCUGAAUUUCUUCAAAUUUCUAGAAAUCUUCUUGUAUAUAUAAUGUAUUAGUGCCAUUGGCAAGAAAUGAUUAUCAGAAAAUCUUGCGGAAA